GUGAAACGCAGCGUUUAGAGAAGAAAACAAAAACUCGGCGUCCAAAUAAAACAAUCUGUCAUUUUUUCAUAAACUACUAGUUGUUUAACCUAUUCAAACGAAACCACUAUGCCGUUUCUCGCGUAAAUCUUAUUUUUCUUGUUGUCUCUCUCUCACGUUGAUCCAAAAAGUGCUUAAGAACAAAACAAACAAAAAAAAAGAACAGAACAGACAAGAACAAAAAAAAAAAAAAAAAGCUGUCGCGACUCGUGAUCUGCCAUAUCUCGGCAGUGUCCGAGCUUGCGUCAGCGUCACCAUUAUCUCCCUCUCUUAUCUCGUCGCGAUUCCCAAUGCAAUCUAUGAUUUAAUUAUUCUCUCUCUCUCUCUUUCCCUCCUCUGUUUCUGAUUGCUUCUCUGUUCCCAAGUAAAGUCCUCUGUUUUACGUUUCCUCUUGCUUCUCGAUUCAGUUUCUGAUGGAUCAUAUAAGCAACGAGGCCAAUGUAGAUCCCUUCUCAAUCGGACCAACAUCCAUCAUUGGUCGAACCAUCGCCUUCAGAGUCUUGUUCUGCAAAUCAAUAACACAGCUCAGACGCGAUCUCCUACGCUUCUUCCUCCAUUGGUUCCGUACAUUUAAGCUGGUUAUUACACCCUUCGUGUCGUGGUUCCACCCCCGGAAAAACCCGCAAGGGAUCUUAGCCGUCGUCACAGUCAUCGCCUUCGCGCUGAAACGUUACACGAACGUGAAGAUAAAGUCAGAGAUGGCUUACCGUAGGAAGUUCUGGAGGAACAUGAUGCGAACUGCUCUGACUUACGAGGAAUGGUCUCACGCCGCUAAGAUGCUAGAGAAGGAGACAACAACGACUUUAAAGAUGUUAAACGAGUCUGAUCUUUACGACGAAGAGUUGGUUAAGAACAAACUCAACGAGCUUCUCCACCGUCGCCAAGAAGCGUCCCUUAGAGAGAUCAUGUUCUGCAUGAGAGCCGAUCUCGUGAGGAACCUCGGUAACAUGUGUAACUCUGAGCUUCACAAAGGAAGACUCCAGGUUCCUAGGCUUAUCAAAGAGUAUAUAGACGAGGUCUCUACUCAGCUGAGAAUGGUCUGUAACAACUCUGACUCGUUAGAGGAUCUUUCUUUAGAUGAGAAGCUUUCUUUUAUGCACGAGACGCGCCACGCCUUUGGUAGAACCGCUCUGCUUCUAAGCGGCGGGGCGUCUCUCGGCGCGUUUCAUGUAGGAGUGGUCAAGACUCUUGUCGAGCACAAGCUCUUGCCUCGGAUCAUUGCUGGCUCAAGCGUCGGCUCGAUAAUCUGCUCUGUCGUGGCGUCAAGAUCCUGGCCCGAGCUACAAGGCUUCUUCGAGAACUCUCUGCAGUCCUUACAGUUCUUUGACCAGCUCGGAGGCGUUUUCACGAUCGUGAAACGCGUCAUGACGCAAGGGGCGUUACACGAUAUAAGACAGUUGCAGUGCAUGCUUAGGAGCCUCACGUGCAACCUCACGUUCCAAGAGGCUUAUGAUCUAACGGGGAGGAUACUGGGGAUAACGGUUUGCUCCCCGAGGAAGCACGAGCCGCCUCGGUGUCUUAACUAUUUGACUUCGCCUCAUGUUGUUAUAUGGAGCGCGGUGACUGCUUCUUGCGCCUUUCCUGGUCUCUUUGAGGCUCAGGAGCUAAUGGCUAAAGAUAGAAGUGGAGAGAUUGUGCCGUAUCAUCCGCCUUUUAAUUUGGAUCCUGAAGAAGGUACUGAACCGUCUGCACGCAGGUGGAGAGAUGGUAGCUUGGAGGUUGAUUUGCCGAUGAUGCAGCUUAAGGAGCUGUUUAAUGUUAAUCAUUUUAUUGUGAGUCAAGCUAAUCCUCACAUUGCUCCGUUACUGCGUAUAAAGGAUUUAGUUCGAGCUUAUGGUGGAAGAUUCGCUGCCAAGCUUGCGCAUCUAGUGGAGAUGGAGGUUAAACAUAGAUGCAACCAGGUUUUAGAGCUAGGCUUCCCACUCGGUGGACUCGCAAAGCUCUUUGCUCAAGAGUGGGAAGGUGAUGUAACAGUUGUAAUGCCUGCUACUCUUGCUCAAUACUCAAAGAUCAUACAAAACCCUACUCACGUGGAGCUUCAGAAAGCGGCUAACCAAGGAAGGAGGUGCACUUGGGAGAAGCUUUCAGCCAUUAAAGCAAACUGCGGGAUUGAGCUCGCGCUUGAUGAGUGUGUAGCUGUCCUCAACCAUAUGCGUAGGCUCAAGAGAAGCGCCGAGAGAGCAGCCUCGUCUCAUCACGGUUUGGCUUCAACCACAAGGUUCAAUGCUUCUAAAAGAAUCCCUUCUUGGAACGUUAUUGCAAGAGAGAACUCUACUGGUUCUCUUGAUGAACUAGUCGCCGACAGUAAUCUCAGGAACUUGAGUGAUAGUGAAACGGAGAGCGUGGAGUUGAGUUCUUGGACAAGAACUGGUGGGCCUUUGAUGAGAACAGCUUCUGCUAAUAAGUUCAUUGAUUUCGUUCAGAGUCUUGAUGUGGACAUUGCAUUGGCCAGAGGGUUUAGUAGCAGCCCCAGUUCUCCAGCGGCAAACACUUCAAGCAUAACAGUUACUGAAGGUGAUUUUCUACAGCCUGAGAGAACGAGUAACGGUAUUGUGUUGAACGUGGUUAGAAGAGAAGACUUGGGAAUGUCUGUCGGGAACCAGAACACUGAGCUGCCGGAGAGUGUGCAGCUUGACAUACCUGAGAAGGAGAUGGAUAAUAGCUCUGUAUCCGAACAUGAAGUGGAUGAAUGAUGAAGAAUACCAACAUAACGGCUCGGUUACUGUAUCUUCAGACGAUUCAGGUUUACAAGAACCGGUGUCUGGUAUUUGAAUGGAGUGUCACCUAUUCAUUUAUUGUGUUGAAAUAUAUCUGUAGAUUUCCGGAAAAAAGAAUAUUGAAUAAUCAUGUUCAAUUUAUUUACAUAAUUCUAGCUUAUGAGAAGUGAGUGAUAUAUACUAGCUUGAAUAAAAUAUUCUACAGUACUUAAUUAGCUUUUAUGAUUAGAACUUUAUGUUUA